CUAACCCUUUGAGUGGGUGGAGCUUUCACAGAACAAGUUAUAAACCUUCACUUAAUCUCCCCACCACACUCCAGCGACCAGCGCCUGGAAGGUUCAAGUUUUUUCCUUUAGGAAACGCUAAAGCCAGGAGUCAUGGCAGCCAAACCCAAGCUCUACUACUUUUACGGCAGGGGUCGGAUGGAGCCAGUCCGCUGGCUGCUGGCUGCAGCGGGAGUGGAGUUUGAAGAAGAAUUUAUUGAAACAAGAGAAGAAUAUGAAAAGUUACAGAACGAUGGGUCCUUGCUUUUUGGCCAGUUACCCCUGGUUGAAAUUGAUGGGAUGAUGCUGACGCAGACCAGAGCCAUCAUGAGCUACAUUGCUGCCAAGUACAACUUAUAUGGAAAAGACCUGAACGAGAGAGUUAGGAUCGACAUGUACAUUGAUGGCAUAAUGGAUCUGAAGAUGAUGAUUGCUUGGGCUGCCUUUGACCCCCCUGGGGAGAAAGAGAAGAAUAUUGAUUCAAUCAUAAAUAAAGCUAAGACCCGCUACUUCCCUGUAUUUGAAAAGGUUUUGAGAGACCACGGAGAGGAUUUUCUUGUUGGCAACACCUUCAGCUGGGCAGACGUACAACUAAUAGAAGCCCUGUUCAUGUUGGAGGAACUCAGUGCCUCUGUUCUCUCUGACUUCCCGCUGCUGCAGGCCUUUAAAGCCAGAAUUUGCAACAUUCCCACUGUGAAGAAGUUUCUGCAGCCUGGGAGUCAGAGGAAGCCUCCCCCAGACAAUCGCUAUGUUGAAACAGUCAAGAAAGUCCUGCUCUUGUGAUGGCAGCCGUGCCCAGCAGCCAG